AUAUAUUGUUUAAAGGUGUCGUAUUUUUCUUUAAUUCAUAUAGCGACUGACAAUAAUGUGAUGUCCCCGAACCAUAAUCGUAAAUGACAUCUCCGUUUGGAAAAUGGUGGUCACUUAUGAUCAUAAAGCUUUAAUCAUCAAUGGACAGAGAAGGAUCCUUAUCUCUGGUUCUAUUCACUAUCCAAGAAGCACUCCUGAGAUGUGGCCUGAUCUUAUAAAGAAGGCCAAAGAAGGAGGUUUGGAUGUUAUACAAACUUAUGUUUUCUGGAAUGGACAUGAACCUUCUCCUGGAAAUUAUUAUUUUCAGGACAGAUAUGAUCUGGUUAAAUUCACCAAACUGGUGCAUCAAGCUGGUUUAUAUCUUGAUCUAAGAAUUGGUCCAUAUGUUUGUGCCGAGUGGAAUUUUGGGGGAUUUCCGGUUUGGCUCAAAUAUGUUCCUGGUAUAGUUUUCAGAACAGAUAAUGAACCUUUCAAGAUUGCAAUGCAAAAAUUCACAAAGAAGAUUGUGGAUAUGAUGAAAGAAGAAAAGCUGUUUGAGACUCAAGGAGGACCCAUCAUUCUCUCACAGAUAGAGAAUGAGUAUGGACCAAUGGAAUGGGAGAUGGGAGCAGCAGGAAAGGCUUACUCAAAAUGGACAGCUGAAAUGGCAUUGGGACUGUCCACAGGUGUCCCAUGGAUUAUGUGCAAGCAAGAGGAUGCUCCUUACCCCAUUAUAGACACAUGCAAUGGCUUUUACUGUGAGGGUUUCAAACCAAACUCAGUCAACAAGCCGAAGUUGUGGACAGAGAACUGGACUGGUUGGUUCACGGAAUUUGGAGGUCCGAUACCAAACAGACCAGUCGAAGACAUUGCGUUCUCCGUGGCUCGUUUCAUACAGAACGGAGGUUCUUUUAUGAAUUAUUAUAUGUAUUAUGGAGGGACCAACUUUGAUAGAACAGCCGGUGUUUUCAUCGCCACUAGCUAUGAUUACGAUGCUCCUCUUGAUGAAUAUGGAUUACUGAGAGAACCCAAGUAUAGUCACUUGAAAGAGUUACAUAAGGUCAUUAAGCUGUGUGAACCUGCAUUGGUCUCUGUUGAUCCCACCAUCACAUCUCUCGGUGAUAAACAAGAAAUUCAUGUGUUCAAGUCCAAGACUUCUUGCGCUGCAUUUCUCUCGAACUACGAUACGAGUUCUGCAGCAAGAAUUAUGUUUAGGGGAUUUCCGUAUGAUUUGCCUCCUUGGUCUGUUAGUAUUUUACCAGACUGCAAAACCGAAUAUUACAACACUGCAAAGAUCCGUGCACCAACCAUACUUAUGAAGAUGGUUCCUACUUACACGAAAUUUUCCUGGGAAUCGUACAACGAAGGAAGCCCUUCUUCAAAUGAUGAUGGUACAUUUGUUAAAGAUGGUCUUGUCGAACAAAUAAGCAUGACCAGAGAUAAAACAGAUUAUUUCUGGUAUUUUACAGACAUUACUAUUGGUUCUGAUGAGAGCUUUUUGAAGACUGGUGAUAAUCCUCUUCUUACCAUUUUUUCGGCUGGGCAUGCUCUUCAUGUAUUCGUUAAUGGCCUGCUUGCAGGAACUUCCUAUGGAGCACUGAGCAACUCAAAGCUCACAUUUAGUCAAAAGAUCAAAUUGAGUGUAGGCAUCAACAAACUUGCUCUGCUAAGUACUGCAGUGGGUCUUCCGAACGCUGGUGUGCAUUACGAGACUUGGAAUACUGGUGUUCUAGGACCAGUCACAUUGAAGGGAGUUAACUCUGGGACAUGGGACAUGUCUAAAUGGAAGUGGUCUUACAAGAUUGGUAUUAGAGGUGAAGCUAUGAGCCUUCAUACCUUAGCUGGAAGUUCAGCUGUGAAAUGGUGGAUAAAAGGAUCAUUCGUGGUCCAGAAGGAACCCUUGACCUGGUACAAGUCUUCUUUUGAUACACCGAAAGGCAACGAACCACUGGCUUUGGACAUGAACACAAUGGGGAAAGGUCAAGUUUGGGUUAAUGGACAUAACAUUGGACGCCACUGGCCUGCCUACACGGCUCGUGGGAACUGCGGACGUUGCAAUUAUGCUGGAAUUUACAACGAGAAGAAAUGUCUCAGUCACUGUGGUGAACCUUCACAAAGAUGGUACCAUGUGCCUCGUUCAUGGCUAAAACCAUUUGGGAACCUUCUAGUUAUAUUUGAGGAAUGGGGUGGUGAUCCAAGUGGAAUCUCUCUUGUUAAAAGAACAGCCAAAUGAAGCUUCUUUCUUCGUUUUUUUCUGGACACAAUCUUUGUGUGUGGUUACCAAAGCAUGCAUAGAUUGUCAUGUACAGAUAUAGUUGCAUUUAUUGGCUCAUUGUGGAAGAAUGUUAUAUGUAUCCUUGCUCUAAUAAUGUAUUGCA